GUAAUACAAUGGCGUUCUCUGUGACUUCAGCUGUUUCUAUGUGUACCUUAAAUUUAUUGUAUGUACUGCUUUUUAAUAUGAUGUUUAAAGAUGUCGUCUCAAUCAGACCCACGCUUUGCAGGCGGCAGGAAGUAGAAAACCAUUGCGUCGAGGAAAAUACUUGGGUAUUCGACAUAAAUUCUCAAACUUGCGAUCCCGUGAUUCCUAACAAGGAACCCUGCGGGCUCUUUAUUAGCGAAAAGGCUUGCAAGGAGGUCUGCCUUAAAAAAAAUUCAACAAUAGUUUUGGACUUAACGACUUUGGAAAAGCCAAGAACCAAAGGAAGGAUCUACAAAUAACACUCGUUCUUUUUAUGAAAUCGGCAAUUUAUAUUGAAUAUUUGGAAACAAAAGAAUACAAAAGGAUGCUGUUAUAAAAUAA